AUGGAAAAGCCUAGAUUCUUUAAGCCACGGUCCCUGGUGAAACCCGAACCCGAGUUUACAGAAGGAAAGAACGUGCCAUCGGAUCCCCAGGAAGAGUCCGUACAUGAUAAGUGUGCUUCGCUUUUCGUGCAAGAAGACGAGGAUGAAGACGUCCUAAUCGUUGAGGAUAAGACGAUCCUGAAUGGAAACUCACAGGAUAAGACGCGUUCAGCCUCGACAUCACAGCCAUCCAUGGACCGAAGUCAGACAGGUGUCGAGGAGCACUCCACACUCAUAUCGCUGCAAGAUUCCAGCGGCUCAGAGCCACGAUUAUCUCAAAUUGGUUUUGAUCUUUUUAAAAGCCAGCUCAUAUCCAUCAUAGGAGACGCAUCCUCCAAGGCUUUGCAUUAUCUAUAUAAAAAGUAUUUCAACCGUCCCAACUAUAUACAGCUCGCUACCAAUGAGUACUUUAAUGGCAUCGAUCUCAAUAGCAUAGAGGUAGCCUCGAAAGAGAAGCCCGUCAAAGAUGAGGUCGCUGAGAGACAAGAGGAGAUCAAAGAGCUAUAUGAACGGAUAAGAACGCAAGCCAAGCAGGAUCAAGAGGAGUUAAAAGCUAAACUGUGGCAAAAAUAUAUCGGAACGCUUUGUCUAGAAGCGUGGGCAACGAGGCCCUAUCUACGUUCGUUGAAGUAUAAGCAACCUUUGGUCAUUAAGAGAUUGAUCCCGAGUAAGAUCAAGAGGUCUUCCAAGGUGCAAGCAAAGUUCGGAGAUUCCGCUGUUAUUCGUUUGUAUACCGCUGGAAGCGAUAAUAGAGAAAUUGGACGUCUUCCGGAGGACAUUACUCGAAUUCUCUCCCCGCUCAUAGACUUAGAUUUGGCUCAUUUCGAAGCAACGGUCAUGAUGGACACGGGUAGCAGACUCUCAAUCGGAGAUUCAUUCUAUAUUCUGAUUCGCUGCUUUCUCAACAAUAACACUUUUAUAAACCAUGACAAUUAUGUUGGGAGUGAGGAGCUGGAUGAAUCAGCUAUGAAGAAAAGAAAGGUUGCUAAAGGUGUGGGUUUCAGCUAUGCUCAAGAGACCGACGGGGAGGCAGCUCUAAGACUUAAGCAGAAGUCUAUAUCUCGGCUCUUUGAUAAAUUGCAAAUCGCUCCAUACGAUGAGAAAAAACCAUCAAGUGACGAGCUAGUUGUUCUAGAUGAUGCUUCCCCGGAAGACUCAGUCAAGCAAGAGAGUGCACCAGUUGAUGAACUCAGCCUUGAUCAAUUGAAAGACUUUUAUACUUCAAAUCAACACUCCGAUUAUUUAAACGACUUGCCCGAAACCACAGUUCCUCCAGGUGAUAACUUCAAACUAGAGCUUAGGUCCUAUCAGAAACAUGGUUUAUCUUGGAUGCUAGCAAGAGAAAAAGAGAUUGAUGUGCUCGAGGCGUUGUCGACCACCGACGGUGAGGUGUUUUCUACACAAAAGCGUCAUGCAAUCCGCCAAGAUGAUGGCGUUGUAAACCCACUUUGGAGCAAGUUUAAAUGGCCAGUUGAUCCUCAGGCUUCUGAGCCAGAGACAGGCGAUGAGGAUGGUGAGUUUUUUUAUGCCAAUCUCUAUAAUGGUGAAAUGUCGAAGGACAAGCCAAUGAUGAAAAGCUUUAUGAGAGGCGGGAUCCUUGCAGAUGAAAUGGGUUUGGGGAAGACCAUAUCCACUUUGGCUUUGAUUCAUUCGGUUCCGUAUGACACUCUGGCUAUUCAAUUUGAGCCCCCUCGUUAUGCAUCCAAGUCGACUUUGAUCGUGGUACCCAUGUCAUUAUUGUCACAAUGGAAGUCCGAAUUCGAUCGUUCUAAUAACAACAAAAAUCAUCGUUGUUACGUGUACUACGGUGAUACAGUACAAGCCGACUUUUCCCAAACACUUUGUGGAAGAAAUACAAAUAUACCCAUUGUUGUGCUCACGACAUACGGAACUGUUCAAAAUGAGUGGGCUCGAUUUAACAAAAUGCGUGAUGAGAAUGGUAAUUUGCCCAAGCUAGGCCUUUAUUCAGUUGAGUUUUUCAGGAUUGUUUUGGACGAAGGUCACACCAUCCGCAACAGGACAACCAAAACAGCUAAGUCUGUCCACGAAUUAGAGCUGCGCAGAAAAUGGGUACUUACCGGAACUCCAGUUGUCAACAGGUUGGAUGAUAUCUUCUCAAUCGUGAAGUUCUUGAAACUAGACCCAUGGAGUAAUUUCUCGUAUUGGAAAACGUUUGUGACUCUCCCAUUUGAGCAAAAGAAAUUUAAUCAGACAUUGGAUGUCGUGAAGUCGAUAUUGCAGCCUAUAUUUCUCAGACGGACAAAGAAUAUGAAACUGAAGGAUGGCCAACCUCUAAUAAGUUUACCUGAUAAAGAGGUUAUCAUUCAGGAAUUGGAAUUCAGCAAGAGAGAACAACUCUUCUAUGAUUUUUUCAAGUCGAGAGCAUUCCAAUCCUUUAAGGAAGGCAUGAAAAGUGGAGACUUGUUGAAAAAGUAUACUCAAAUUUUGACCCAUAUUUUGCGCUUGAGACAAAUUUGUUGUCAUGCGGACCUCGUAUCUGGUAGCGACGAGCUUGAUGAGACGUGGGCACAAGAGUUGGCAAGUUUUGAGGAGCCUUCUAAGAACGAGCGGUUUCAAUCGGAUACUAAAAUGCGACAAGCGAUGUAUGCACUUUACAAGAGGAUUGACAUCCCGAACAGUGAAUGCUCAAUUUGCACACAGUCACCUAUCAGCGUCGGUGAAAUGGUUGUGACGGAAUGUGGGCACUCAUUCUGUUUUCACUGUCUCAAGGAACAUAUUUAUUUUCAAACAAAGAAUGAAAAUGAUCCCUUAUGUCCUGAUUGCCGAGGAUCAAUUUCAAUCUACAGACUUUUUAAACUAAGGCUGAAAGAGACCGACAAAAAAGAGGUCAGAUUCCAUACUAAUGAGGAUGUUGAUGACCCUAGUUCGAAGUAUGAUUUUCAAUUGUAUCAUUAUGACCCAGAUAAGGUUUCGACCAAGAUCGAGGCGCUUAUCAGUCAUCUUCUUGCGCUUAAAGAUCAGUCACCAGGCGAGCAAGUCGUUGUCUUCUCUCAGUUCUCUACCUAUUUGGAUUUGAUAGAGAACGAACUCAAAGUGUUGGCAACCAAUUAUGACGAUUUCGAGAUCUACAAAUUUGAUGGGCGUCUUAGCAUGAACGAUCGAGAAAAAAUCUUGCUGAGCUUCACAGCAGAAAGGAAGAUUAGAGGCAAGAUUGUAGUGCUUCUUCUUUCGUUGAAGGCCGGGGGUGUUGGCCUUAACUUGACGUGCGCCAACCGCGCAUUUAUGAUGGAUCCGUGGUGGUCUCCAAGUAUAGAAGAUCAAGCUAUUGACAGAAUUCACAGAAUUGGACAAGCACAAAACGUCAAAGUUGUGCGGUUCAUCGUGAAGAACAGCAUAGAAAUGAAGAUGUUGCGCAUCCAGGAGAGAAAACGCAUGAUGGGAGAGGCAGUUGAAGUGGAAGAGGAAGAGAGAAGAAAGCAAAGAAUCGAAGAGAUCAAAUUGUUAUUCGAAGAAUAA